AGGUGACACGUGCUUAUCUCUCCAAUCGUUUAAUUUACGCAAAGGAAUCUAGUAGAAAGCAAAAUCACAUGAUUAUCAUUUUGACGAUUCACUACACGCGCACUUUAGCAACUUCGGCUCACGGAUUCUUCUCUUCUUCUUCCUCUUGAAGCUUCUAUACAACUAAAAAGCAUCUGGGACCUCUGUUUUCUCUUCUAUCUCUCACCGUCCAUAGAUUCUUAUACUUUCUCUUGAAAUCAAGCGAUCUGAGUUUUAGCUGCCGCAUGUGGGGUCUGCAACGCGAGACAUCUUCCUCGAUGUACAAGAGAACGUCAUCGAGAGAUAGUUCACCAAUGGUUGACGUCGAAGAAAACUCAGGUCUUUUAGAGGAUGAUAUGAACAAGGAAACGGAAACCACAAAUCCUCCAUGGAUGAGCUCACUCCCACACGUCCUUGUUGCUACAAUUUCGUCUUUCCUAUUCGGCUACCACUUGGGAGUUGUUAAUGAACCACUUGAAAGCAUUUCUUCUGACCUUGGCUUUAGUGGUAAUACAUUAGCAGAAGGUUUGGUGGUUAGUGUAUGUCUUGGUGGCGCAUUUAUCGGAUCUUUAUUCAGCGGCGGAGUUGCUGAUGGUCUUGGACGCCGGAGAGCCUUUCAGCUUUGUGCUCUGCCUAUGAUUUUGGGUGCUUUUGUGAGUGGAGUUAGCAACAGCUUAGCUGUCAUGCUUUUGGGAAGAUUCUUGGUUGGGACUGGUAUGGGUCUUGGCCCACCUGUGGCAGCGCUCUAUGUUACAGAGGUAUCACCAGCUUUUGUUAGGGGAACAUAUGGAAGCUUCAUACAGAUAGCUACAUGUCUGGGACUGAUGGGAGCUUUGUUUAUAGGGAUCCCAGUCCAUAACAUUCCUGGUUGGUGGCGUGUCUGUUUCUGGGUGUCAACGAUACCUGCUGCAGCACUCGCUGUGGGGAUGUUCUUCUGUGCCGAAUCUCCCCAAUGGCUAUUCAAGGUCCAUCCUCUUAUGCAGCAAGGGAAAAUCGCUGAAGCUGAAGCUGAGUUUGAGAGGCUACUCGGAGGGUUUCAUGUGAAAACAGCAAUGGCAGAAUUACACAAACUAGAACUAGACAAAGCUGAUGAGCCAGAUGUUGUGACCCUCUCGGAGCUGCUAUAUGGUCGGCACUCAAGAGUUGUUUUUAUUGGAUCAACCCUGUUUGCUUUGCAACAGCUAUCUGGUAUAAAUGCUGUUUUUUAUUUCUCUUCCACCGUUUUCAAAAGUGCCGGCGUACCAUCGGACAUGGCCAACACAUUCGUCGGAAUUUCAAACCUCUUGGGAUCCCUAAUCGCGAUGGUGUUGAUGGAUAAAGUAGGAAGAAAGCUUCUUCUCCUUUGGAGUUUUAUUGGCAUGGCAUUAGCAAUGGCAAUUCAAGUUGGUGCUACAAGUUCAUACUUACCACAUUUUUCGGCUUUGUGUUUAUCAGUAGGUGGCACUCUUAUGUUUGUGCUGACAUUCGCGCUAGGAGCUGGUCCAGUACCAGGUUUACUCCUCCCUGAAAUCUUCUCAAGUCGAAUUAGAGCAAAAGCUAUGGCUUUCUGCAUGUCUGUGCAUUGGGUGAUAAAUUUCUUUGUGGGUUUGCUCUUUCUGAGGUUGCUUGAGAAGCUUGGUCCUCGGCUACUAUACUCCAUGUUCUCGACCUUCUGUUUAAUGGCGGUGAUGUUUGUGAAACGAAACGUGAUUGAAACCAAAGGAAAAACACUUCAAGAGAUUGAGAUUUCUCUGCUAGCCAAACCAUGAGAGACUGUGUUACCCCAAGGAAGAUACAUAUGUAUGACUAAGUUCUUAUUUCGUGGUCCAAUACAAACCUAGGAAAAAGUCUAGUGAGAGGACAUUUUAAACAAUAAACUUUUUCCACUCCGUUUGCUAACAAGAGAUAUUAUCAUAUGAUAUAAAUAUUGACCAACUUUAAAAAAAUGCUGACAACGACCAACGUCACACAUAUAUGAUAUGAUUAUGCGUAUUCUUCUACAAA